AUGCCUUCUCAAAUGGUGGACACUGAAAACGGAUCUGCGCGCCCACAAACAGCUGCAUCCGAACGUUGUUCCGAAAACGCAAGAAAUACUCAAAUGCGAACUGCUACCUGUGCGCCCCAUCACCAUCAUCAGCAAUACGUCAGCAUCGAGCAUGCCGAAGACGACGACGAUGACGGUACCGGCGGCGACAGUCAGCACCAGUCGUCGAAACCAUCAUCGCAAACUCAUCAUCAUCAUCAUCAUUCCUGCAGCAGCCGCAGCACGACGCCGGGCAUGAGCCGCAGGUUUGCGGACGGCCUGGGCCGUAGCCGAACUAGUUUGCGCAGUGAAGCCGCUAGCAGCUUGGGUGGUGGUCACAGCCAUCAUCACCAUCACCAUCAUCACCGUCGUCAGGCUAGCAGCACCAGCAGCAACAGCUUCCAUGCUAGGCAAACGAGAACCGAUGAUGACGAAACGGCGGAGGAGGAAGUCGCUGGCACCACAGCAACUUGCACCGAAGACGAACGCCAUCCGGAGAGUGCUUCGACGAUGUACGUCGAGAACUGCCACUGCUCGCGGGGUAACCUCACGACCACGGAUGACGAUGAAGAGAUUCAGCAGUACUUCGUCGUGAACCGCAGCGUAUCCCGUCGACCGUCGACCGUGAGCUGUACUUCGCGAGUAAGUCAUCGUAGCAACCGAAGCACUCCGCGUAGCGGCGGAAGUCGUAGUAAGCGGGGAACUCCGCUCAGUGGUGUCAGCUGCUGUUCCCACCAUUCGCAUCACUCGCAGCAAACCUAUCGGAGUCGAGGAGGUCACGAUUCACCUUCCUUUCUACAUGACAGCGGAUCGAACGCAACCAUCUCCAACUUCAACAUAAACCCGGCUCGAUUUCAGUGCAGUUACUACACAGCCGACGAAAGCGAGAACUCCUACUGCUCGAUUAGCGGCGAAAAUAUACGACAAAUCCAGACCCAGACACAGAUACAAUCUGCCUUGGAAAUGAAACAAAUCGAAGACAACAAACGGCGGCAGUUCUUGGAGAAAAAGCGGGAACAUUUACCCCGCUUGCAACCGCUACCGCUGCCACCGGCCGAUGGCAGUGAUUACAACGAUAGCCAGCAGGAGAAUAGCAUCAACGGUUCGAUACUGUCGAUUAUCGAGAGCACAUCAAGCGAUCAACCAGGAGGAUCGACGACGACCAGCACUACGACGUCCACCACGCAGCGUCAGCUGCAGCAAGUCGGAGAACGAGGUGCCAAGAAAGGCACCGCGGGCAGUCAGAUGAUCCUCACACCGUCCAAAAUCACUAUCGAAAACAUCGGUCAACUGUCGGAGAUUGCAGCCAAAGAUUACGAUUUCGACGAUAUCGACGUGAACAUUCCGGAGCUUUUUCAUUCCCCGUCGAAGAUCAAGUGGAACUUUCUUGCCGGACUAGACGAAAGCAAAUCCAACAAAUCUAGGAUCAGCUCGAUAUCGAGCCUGGUGGACGCCGGUAGCAGUGGUCGUGGGCGCAGCGGAACGGAAUCCGGCGGAGCGGAUGUUAGUGAAACGGCCAGCGAACGUAGACGGUACGACAGUAGCGACAACGACUACAGCCCGAAUCGAAUCCAGCAGCAGCCGCUUCCGCCGAUACCGGUUUCAACGCCACCGCCGCAAAGUUCGUCCAACUGCAAGAUCGAAGAACUGCUCAAGAAAUCCUCGCCAUCGGCUUCGGCCGAGUUCAAAACCGUUUCGAUUUGGCGUGCGGAAAAUGGAGACGAAGCAAAUGCGAUUAUAUUUCACCAUGAGAGCGAAAUAGUGGAGAACUGCUGUACGAACCAUUUUUUAGACCACAGUAACUACGAUAUCUGCACCGUCGAUAACUGCGACUAUCUGAUCAAGAGCACCGAUACGCCGAAAAGUGAUAGGAAGGGGAGUUUCAGCAAAAGCGAAGAACGUUUGAACAACUCCGUUGCUCUGACGACCUCAACCGGAACCAAGCUGGAAUUGAAGCAAAGAAACGUGUUUACGUCGACGCUAUCCACAGCCAACAACGCUACUGCAGCGGCAAACGUGUACAGCAUCAUUUCGCCGGAUCUGCGACGUUUCGAAAAGCAAACGAACCUCACCAGGAAUUCGGUAAACCUUAGCCAAAACCUUUCGUCUGCUUCGUCGACCUCGUCUUCGUCAAUUUUUCUGGGCAACUACAAUCAAAUCUACCGCAACAUGAAUCAAAAUACCAGCGACGACAAACUGCUGAAUACGUCCUCAUCCAAAUCUCGGCUGCAUCCAACCUCCAGAUCCACGACUAGCAUCAACAACGUCAACACCGUCACCAACAACACCGCCACCAGUACUCUGGAUCCUAACAGCGACAACCGCCAACGGUUGGGCAGUUCGGUUUCCCUGAAUCAACAGCCACCCUUCAGUAUCACCUCUUCGACGGCCACCGCGGCAGCAGCGUCUCAGUUCUACAACAAAUCCUACCACCUUAACCUGACCGCACAGAACCGUUUGUACUUCCACGCGUACUCCAACCUUGUUCGCGAACAGGAACAGUGUCAGCACCACUCGCCAUCGCCAGCCCAAUCGGAACAGUCUAACGGUGGACAGCAGCAACCUUGUGCCCAGUGUCAGGAACUGUACGGUUGUCCCCUGUACUACAGUAGCAAUGCGACCAACGAAGACAGUGCCGGUGGUGGCACGUUCAACGAUAUCACCAACACCAGCAGCAGCGCUAGUUUGACCGGCUCCGGCACCGGCAGACGCGGCCUGGGCAGUCGCUCCGGGACGGCUCGCUGGCGACGCAACGUAAGCCACUCGCUCCGAAUCAACGGUUUGGUACGGGUCGUGCGCACCCGAGCCCGCAAAUGCGCCGACUACAUCCGCCAGAAGGAGCACCAGAGCAACAGUCGCUUUCAUCGGCGUAAAUGA